AAGAUAUGUGGUGUUAUCUAUAUAUUAAGUAUAGUCACAAUUCUAGGCGAAUUUGUAAGGUACUCCUUAUCUACAGAAUUCACUUUGUAGUAAUCCUAUGGAUCUGUGCUCGUGUGGCGCACCAUAGCCCCGCCACAUCUCUAAACAGUAACCUCACUUUAUAACUGGUAAUCAAACUUCACCUAAAAACCCUUCAAACUUUGCCAGCGACCACAACACAUGCGGCACAGAACUACGAUAUCCAAUCCCAUGGGACGUUGUUGCCCUUCAUGGCAAACACUGUGAGAAUCGACUUGACCUCAGUUCCCGACGAACAGACGACAACCACUUCCAUAGCGCGCGAAGGAGUGCUUAUCACCCCUUCUCGAGCCUCGAAGCCUCCAAAUCGGGUAUCCAUUCACACCCCUGUCUCUCCUCCACGCCAAACCGCGUAUAAGUCAAACAAGCACGAGCCCACCACAACGAGUAAAAGUUCGAAGAAUCCUACGGGCUCUAACGCACACUCCCAAUCACCAUACUCAUCUUCCGCGCGUCAAACGGCAGGACCUCACGCUAAGAACCCGGUAGAUCACUCAGUGAAGAGAAGGGUUACCUCGACGAGUCUUAUAAGUCCACCAGGAAAUGAGGCUCGACGGACGAGUGAUCUGGCAUUUCAGGUGUAUAAAAAGGAGCAGCUUUCACCUGCAGUUCUGUUAGACGGCCGACAAGUAGCAAGUCCGGAAAACUCGGUACCGCUGUCUAAACAAACUGCCAAGCGCGGUCCAGUGUCGUACCGGUCACGUUCAUGCAUUGAGACGGAAAGCGAAGUUUCUAUAAAUUCGAACAAUGACAGUAGCGAACUCAGGGAGUCCUCGAUGUCUUCACCUACUUCGCCAACGAGCGAAGAUCUACUAAAGAUGUUCAAUGUCCGGACGGACGUGACACGCAGCAAGUCUCCUUCUGCGGAUGCCCAGCCUACAUUAGAUCCUCUCACAGCACAUACCGGUCGAUUCGGAAGUAGAAACGAUGGGCUAUCUCGAAAACGAGCUUCGAUGGAAGCUGCGGAUAAUGAGCCUGUGCCAAAGAGAAUGCAUCACUUGAAUUCGUACAGGUCCUCUGGGCCUAAUAAUGCCACACACCAAGAUGAUCUCCGCAUCCUAGACCCGGUUACAGCCAGAUUUCCUAGUAAUCGCAAUGUAACAGAGAACGUGGAGCCUUCGAGGGCACCUUCAUCUCGACUUGAGUCUCGAACUCCACUCAACUUGAAUGUUAAGAGCCUGAUGAGGGAGCAGGUCAGUCAAGGACUUACGUUGCAUAAACCAGAGCUCAAUCGUAGCAAUUCUUCGCGACUCAAUCACAGAACAGUAAUACCUUCUAUUGGUAAUCCGGUUCCACAGGCAACACGUAAUGUAUCGAUGGAGCGGGUAAUUCCAAUCGCAGAAUAUCGAGACAAAUUUACACGCGAAGACUGUGUGAACAUUGUGUAUCUCAAAGAAGUGAAAGGCUUCAGAUGGUCUGAAAUCCAAAAAUAUUUCCCCUUUCGAACAUUUGGAACUCUGCAGAGCAAAUACUGCAAAGAACUAAAGUACAAGAGCGCUGAGCUACUGAAAACUAUUUCAGAGGGCCCGCAAGUUGAGAAUUACGUCAAUGAGACCCGUGAUCGGCGACCCAAGAGGACAAAGGAGCAAUUGCCAACGGACAAAGAAACUGAGAUAGAUAGCUACGAAACGUUGCGGCAAACGGAAAUGCCACAGGCUAGCAUUGCGCGUCCAAAGCGCCUCAGACAAAUUGAAGCACCAGUCGUCGUGGAUGCUAUGCAAGCAGACGCACCCGAUUGGUCUGGGGAAGAGAUUGAUAUCGAUAUAAUUGAUUCUAUACCUGUUCAUACUCAUAGGCGCAUGGACCUCAACCCCACAAAUCAUGUGCGGUCCAAAUGUCAUGACCAGGACUGCGAUUGCGACGCAAACUGCGACUACGACCCGGACCUGACUUUAGUGUCUGUCCCAGGAAUGCGGAUGAGCAAAUGUGGGAAAUUUGGUUAUCUUCCAACACGCACGAACGAUCUACCAGACCCGACGGUCGUUACUGGUCAUCACACAGAAGCUGUAGUUCAGACUGUCUAUCGACCUUAUCUGCCGCACGAUGAACGACAAGUUGUUCGCAGGUCGCGCAAAAGAUCCGCCGAGAGUCCUUGGAGUAGUGAUACCUUGCACGAAGAUUUUUACGACGAUGAACUCAAAGCUCUUGAGAACGGUGUGGCUGAGCUAUGUUCGUACUCAGGAAAUCUGAAGACUGCAAGGAUACUCCGUCUAAGCCGUAGCCUUCGCGGCGUAGCUGACGACGUUAUCUGCUCACUUGUUCACAAGGUUAAGAAGGACCCGUCCCUACGAAGUCGAACAACGCGAUCGAUAGAGUGCUGUCUUCGAGACCUUCGCGACAACCUUUACAACUACUCUCCAACUGUUGAAAGACUUUCGAUUAUCCAGAAACCGGCUGUGACAAUCAACAGGCUUCGCUCGUUCGUGCGACAGCGCGAGCUAGGCCACGUUGGCCGAAGGAACAUUAUGCCCCCUACCAGUGUGUUAACGAAAGGGGUCAGAAAUCUCGCGGUUGAUACGUUGAGCGUCACGACAUCUUUCACUGGGCUUGGAAGUGAUGUGAAUGUAGUGGCAUGGGACCCGGAGGGUACCUACUUCGCCGCUGGAGCCGUUUGUACCUCGGAUCCUUCAUCAAUGCAGUAUAACCGGCCUCUAAAUCUCCUUCUUGGAAGCAUGGAGCACAAAACACUGCGAGAACUUCCUGAUCACCAUACCUUGAGACAGAGGACCGAGCAAGGAGCAAAUUCUACCCACGCCAUGUAUGCCUCCCAGGAUCCGAGGCUCUUUUCUACAAUCUCAGGACUCGAUUUCUCCGCAAAUGGAAAGUGGAUGUACUCUUCUGGGUAUGACAAAAAGUUCCGGAUUUGGGACGUUCACGCCAAAGAUGCACAUCCGUGCCAGCUGAUCAUGGAAGCUAAGGAGAGGAUCGACCUGAUUGCACGGCAUCCUCGUGAAAACCUUGUUGCCACGGGAAGCCACCGCACUGCUAAAUCCAUCAAAGUCAUCCAGCAUACUGAUCAACCGUCAAGUGAAAGUUUGGUCAAAUACAGCUUUGCUUCUCCACGAGCCAUAGAGAAACCCAAGAUGGAUCUACGACCAUCGUCCUUAAAAUUCGAAUCUCUGUACGGCGAUCUCCUCCUAGCGGGGUUCGCUUCGCAUGCCGAAGACGAAGAUGGCACAACCGGUGGUCAAAUUUGCGUCUGGGAUGUCAUCUCUGGAAGUGCGGUCAAGGUUAUCGCAAAUGUACGAGAUACACUUGAUUGUUCUUGGUCACCAAGACGUUACGGGCGCUUCGCUGUUGGUCACAAGAAGGGCUCGAGCGCGAAUAGGGCUACACGAUCUGAAGUCCGAAUCUACGACUUCAACCAGGCAGCCGCUUCCUUCAGCUGGAGUCAUGAGCUAGAGAAUAGCUAUGCUAAGGAUAUCAACGACGUCGUCUUCUGCCCGUAUGAUGACAAUUACAUUGCGUCGGGCUGUACGGACGGGACCGUCUAUGUAUGGGAUAUUCGGAGGCCGGACUCUAUUCUUUACCGCAUGAAGCAUGACAAGCCUCUAUUGGAACGUUCUGCCGAUCAACCUCGGGAAGAUGUCGACGAGGGUGUCAGAUUUCUAUCGUGGGGCCCUACCCGUGAGCGUCUUUACUCGGGAGCCUCGGACGGAGUCGUCCGGGUAUGGGACAUCACACAGCCAGUUGAACAGGUUUUUGUCAAGAAAGCGGUAACGAUGAAGUCGGGAAUCAUGUGCGGAGCGUUUACUGCUGAUAAAGACAAAUUACUGUUAGGGGAAGUCAACGGUACCAUCACCGUGCUCGAGGCAUUGAAAGAAGACUACACGCAGGAUGAUAUCGGAACAUUUGGCAUCAUCAACGCACCUUCGAUGAUGCCAGCUGGGGCCCCGGAACCGGACUCGGGUAUUGCUGCAGCCAGGGAUAUGAUCAAGAAGCAGACGAUAGUCAUCCGACCUCUAGGGGGAUUUCCCGUCCGGCAAGCGGUGCAGGGACCGGCAUACACCCAGACGAAUCUGCUUGAUACUUCCGAAGACGCCCCAGCGCUUCGAACGCAAGCCGAAAUGUUUCAGAGGCAGCUGGCACAUAAGACCAGUACGCCUUGUAACAUCCCUGCAUGUCGUGACGCUGUACCCUUGACGAGUGAAGAAUUUGGCGACUCUUCUAGGUGGAGAGAUAGAAUACCAAUCGAUCUGCGACAUGCUAGUCAAGGUGACACAAGUACUCUCCUUUCCGGUCUUGCAAAGUGUUCUGAGUGUGGUGCACCAGCAAGGCCACGUGCCAACGUCGAGAUGAAAAACAAACUUGUGGAACAGGAGAAUGGAAAAGCCGGUAUUCUCUGUGAGCGUUGUGACUUCUCUUGUUUUCGGUGCGGAGACACAGCCUUCGUAUCUCAGCCAAGUGACUUUAUGUCCUGUCCUCGUUGCGAUGUGGAAUGGUCUCUCGACGCACUGGGAUACAAUCUAAAGAGAGAAGGAGCUUCCAAAGUCAGUAUAGACUUCAGUCAGCGACGUUACGAUUAUGAUCAGUCAUGGGACAAAAGUGCGGUCGGGGUCCAUGGAGAGGUGGAUGAUCUGAUCAAUUAUUAUCAGUCGCUAUGGAUCGACCGUCCAGAAAGUCCACCGCUCUAAACAUGGUUUGGGCAUGAAUUCGUCCUCUUUUGUUCAGCGAUUUAGCAUAGGCGCUGCAUAAUUGGCAUUUGCAUUGGUAUGGUAUCGUACAACGCCAAGCUUGCGUGUUGCUAAAGAAGCAUAUGACGAUCUGGUUCUGAAACGUGGACCAAUAUAGUGGAGGCGCAGAUGGCCUCCAACAGCAGGCCUAUGCUUGUAGCUUAGCAUAGCUCGAAUUAUUAAGUUAAUCGAUGUUACAUGAUUGCAUUUCUAAUUAUUGGCUUCGAGGAAUUUAUCGAACGCAGCACGCUCUUUAUAGUCUUCUCGCGAUGACAUUUCUAGCGCUUUUCUGUAUGCACGCCCAAUGCCUAUUAGUUAGAAGCAUUCUUAAAAUAGUAACAGAC